AACUUUUAUAAAAAUUAUUCUUUUUUAUAAAUAAUUCUUAAUCACGAUAAAUUUGUGUAUAAAUAUCUACUUUGCGAAGAUUACGGUAUAUUCGAGUUUAUCAUCGUGCGAUAUAAACUAGUGUGUACCGUUCCGAACAAUAAUUUCAACAACUAUGAAGUACGUUUUCACGUUCUUCGCGACUUUAAUCGUCGUUGGAGUUUCUGCCAUACCACUUAAUGGCGAUCGUACGGAUUUAUUGAAUGGCAAUAGACCAGAUAUAUUUAUCGACAAUCUUUUGGGUAUAUUUAAUGGCAAUAAUGAGGAAGAAAAUCCUUUGGAUAAAGAUCUUUUAGAUUUCGUACGACUCAUACCUUUGGACAAACUAACUGAAAUUGCAAAUAAAUAUAUUAAUGAUUCUCUGUUAAUAAAGCAACAUGAAUAUGUAACGAGUGAAGAAUUCCACAACUUGGUAUAUGCUGUCGAAGACACACAGCAACAUCAAAAAUAUGUUCUCUAUAUUCAAGAAUCGGGAUACGAUAAAAUUAGAGAAAUUCAAAUGAUUCAUUCGGCUCUUGGAAUGAAAGAUUAUGUACCACCCAAACCAUCGAAUGAAGUAUUUAAGAAACACGACCAAAAAAGGGAAGGUGGAUUGAAUGGUUUUAUCAAAGAAUAUGUUGCAAUUCUUCCUGUGAAGGAAAUCAAAGAACUUCACGAAAAGAAACUCAAGGAAUCAGAGGCCUUUGCUAAAUUCAGUUCUUAUAUUCUAAGCCAAGAAUUACGUGAAAUAUGCAAGGAACUUGGUGAAAUAAAACCAGUGAAAGAAAUGUUACGAGCAUUAGACAAAGUUCAUAUUGAUUAUUUGGCGAUUAUGGAUCUUCAACUUCGUAUACUUGGCUUCAGACCAUAAAUCAUUCAAAUAUUCCUACUAAAUCUAUUUCGGCAUAUAUAUAUAUAUAUAUAUAAUGAAUAUAAAUUUCUUGUAAUGCAACUAAAAUUAUAUUCUUAUAUUUCAAAAAUAAUAAAAAAACUAACCAUUUAAAA